GAAGGCUGGGAAUUUGUUGUUCCAUGAACGAAUGGGGAAACUGAGCGUUCUUGGCCGAAGGGAGGCGGAGCGAACGGUCUUCCGCCUUCUCCAUGGUCAUGAUUCUCGGACCCACCUUGGUCCCAUCCAUGGCUUCUUCCUCCGCCACGGGCUCGAAUUCUCCAAUCAAAUCCUUGCCCACUUUGUUUCCGUCUGUGGUUCACUCAACAAGAUGCCCUACGCCCACCGCAUCUUCUCCGAGUCUUACAACCCCAACAUCCUCCUCUUCAAUUCCAUGAUCAAAGGCUACUCCAUCUCUGGCCCCUUCGAGAAAUCCCUUGAGUUAUUCUCCGACAUGAAAAGCCGUUGGAUUUGGCCUGAUGAGUACACCUUCACCCCCUUGCUUAAAGCCUGCUCGAGCAUUCCAGACAUUAAGCUCGGGCGAGCGGUCCAUGGAGAAAUAAUUAGGGAUGGGUAUGAAUACUUUAGUGCAAUUCAGAUUGGGAUCAUUGAGUUGUAUACCAACUGUGGAACGAUGGGGGACGCGAAAAAGAUGUUUGAUGGAAUGCCUAGCAGGGAUGUGAUUGUCUGGAACAUGAUUAUUCGCGGGUUUUGCAGAGCUGGUCACGUCGACAUGGGUCUGAACUUUUUUAAGCAAAUGAGUGAGCGGAAUGUUGUUUCUUGGAGCACAAUGAUUUCGUGUUUAGGGCAGAGCGGAAGGGAUAGAGAGGCUUUACGACUAUUUCAUGAGAUGAAGGAGCAGGGCUUUGAGCCCGACGAAGCUACCGUGGUCACAUUAUUGCCCAUCUGUGCUCGCUCUGGAGCUGCCGGUGUUGGGUGUUGGAUAGAUUCAUAUGCCAAAUCUAGUGGGCUCUUCAAGGAUUCUUUAUAUGUAGGUAAUGCCAUUGUCGAUUUUCAUUGCAAGCGCGGAGAUUUGGAGACUGCCACCCAAAACUUCACGGAAAUGCCGUGCAAGAAUGUGGUUUCCUGGAAUGCAAUUAUAACGGGAAGGGCUUUCAAUGGGAGAAAUGAGCAAGGGAUCGAGCUGUUCGAGAAGAUGAUGGAGAAGGGCGUGACCCCAAAUCACGCAACCUUUGUGGGUGUCUUGACAUGUUGCAGUCAUGCAGGCUUCGUAGAGAAAGCUCGGGAAGUGUUCACUUCUAUGAGAGCAGAUCAUGGACUCGAGCCCAGGAUUGAGCAUUACGGAUGCAUGGUUGAUCUUCUGGGCCGCAAUGGAUGUGUAAGGGAGGCCUACGAAUUGAUUAGGGAGAUGCCGAUGGAGCCAAAUGCUGCGUUAUGGGGUUCAUUGCUCAGUGCUUGUCGCAUCCACGGGGAUUUGGAGCUUGCGGAAGCUGCAAUCAAGGAGCUUAUCCGCCUCGAGCCGAGGAAUUCGGGUAAUUAUGUGCUGUUAUCGAACUUGUAUGCAGAGACUGGGAGAUGGGAUGAAGUUGAGAAGUUGAGAGACUUGAUGAGCAAAAGCCGUGUUGAGAAAGUGAUAGGGAGUAGUUCAGUUGGAUAAGGAAAAAUAAGUGAAACGGGAGACCACGCACUCGACAUAAAAAGGAUCAAUUCUUUGCUGGUGUAUCCUCGUCUUCGUUGGUAAAUCGAGACAAAUCGUCGAAAGAGAGCGGUAAAUCGUCGAAAGAGAGCAGAGCACAAGGUCAGAGAUGAGGCCGGAGAUGACUUUCCAACAAGGGAUGGUUCGUGCAUUUGAUAGCGGCUCUGGACGGAUAAUUGCAGUUGUUCAGAUCAUUUUGCAUCAGCUCUUGGAAUGACCACUCCGGAAGAUGAUGUACCGUGCAGCAAAAAGUGGAUGCAGUACCCUGCCUAGCCUAGUUUGUUUUGCUAAUGAUACAGAUCACUGUUCAAUAAAAUGGUGACUUCUGUAUUGUGAAUUCUUCGGAUCACUUAAUUUACCUUCCCGAACUGAUUCAUUUGCCGAAGUGAAUAUCAA